GUUAUAGAGUCUCUUGGGGAGGAAUACGUUAUUAUUUUUAAAUAGAUGUGUGUGUUGUAUGCGAUACUUUCUGUUAGAAGAAAUGAGGAAGAAUAAAGAAGAGACAGAUUACGUUGUAAUAUUGUGAUAUAACCGAUAGAAAUCCAUAAAAGAAAAAGCGAAAGGUAUAUUUGAUACGUGGCGUAAACAGACGAGGUGUUUUCUCGAUCAUUCUUGUUGUAUCAAAGUUUGGUGUUGUGAUAUGAUGAUGCCCGGAAAAACUCCAGUACAAGAGAAUCCUUUAGGCCUGUCUUGGCACGACAGUACUUGGAUUCCUGUCCUUAACCCAAGCAACAUCAUGGACUACUUUUCCGAAAGGAGUAAUCCGUUUUAUGAUAGAACCUGCAAUAAUGAGACAGUCAAGAUGCAGCGUUUGAGUCCUGAUCAAUUGACCAAUAUGACUGGCUUGGAAUAUAUUCUUUUACAUGUGCAAGAGCCAAUCCUGUAUGUGAUUAGGAAACAACACAGACAUUCGCCAACUGCAGCUUCACCGGUUGCUGAUUAUUAUAUUAUAGCUGGUGUUGUGUAUCAGGCUCCAGAUUUAGGAUCCGUUGUGAGUUCCAGACUGUUAUCCACGGUCCAUCAUCUACAAUCUGCCUUUGAAGAAGCUAGCUCCUGUUCGCGAUAUCAUCCUAGCAAAGGUUACUUUUGGGAUUUCAAAAACGGCAAAUCUUUGACUGCAAAGAAAGAAACGCCGGUACGCGAGGAACCUAGCUCGUUGUUUCAACGGCAGAGAGUGGAUAUGUUACUUACGGAACUCACUCGUAAAUUUCCCUUACCUGUGCCAAAACCAGUGCACCAAGCAACAGAAGUUUCUACAGAGAUUAAGCAGGAGGUAAAAACCGAAAAGAAAGAUAUGAAACCACCACCGGAAAAGAAACCGAGAGUUUCUUAAUUAAUAAUAAAGGUAGAUUUUAAAUAAAUUUAUAUAUAAAAUUGCUCAUUUUUGUAAGAUGCUAAAUAUAAAGAUGCUAAAGAAA